UCCUCAGUCAGAGUCAAGAUAAAGCUCUCCGUAGGAUAGGGGAGCUGCGGGAGGAGCUUCAAAUGGACCAGCAGGCCAAGAAACACCUACAGGAUGAGUUUGAUGCAGUUCUAGAGGAGAAAGACCAGAUGAUAACUGUCCUCCAAACACAGGUUGCUCUGUUGAAGAAAAGAGUCAAGGGGGUGUCUGGUGCACUGCCACCUGACGGUGAUGUCCCUCAGCCUGAAGAUGCUCAACACUCUGCUUCUGCCACACAAAGUCCUUCCAAGGAGCAAGAAAUAGAGCCUGAGGUCACCGAGGGAGAGGGCAACAGUGAUCCAACCAAACUUGUGGAAGCUCUGCAGAAGAGAGUGAAGAGGCAGGAAAACCUACUGCAGAAGUGCAAAGAUGUAAUGCGUACACACAAGGAGCGGAGCGCUCAGCUCAGCAGUGAGAAUGAAACUCUGCAGGAGCAGCUGCAAGAGAGGCUGCAGGAGCUGGAGAAGAUGAAGGAGCUGCACACAACAGAAAAGACCAAGUUGAUCACUCAGUUGCGUGAUGCCAAGAACCUUAUUGAACAGCUGGAGCAGGACAAGGGAAUGGUAAUUGCUGAGACGAAGCGCCAGAUGCAUGAGACACUGGAACUGAAAGAAGAGGAGAUUGCACAGCUACGCUCCAGACUCCAGCAGGCUACUGCCCAAAAAGAAGAAUUACAGGAACAGAAAGAAAAGGCUGAGAAAUCAGCUUUUGAAGAACUUGAACGUGCGUUGGGUGUAGCCCAGAGGGCAGAAGAGGCCCGAAAGCAGCUACAGGUUCAGCUGGAGGAGCAAGUGAAAGAAGUUGAAAGGGCCUGCGAGGAAGAGAGGAAGAAUCUGCAGCAUGAACUCCUACGAGUCAAACAGGAGGUUGUCAACAUCAUGAAGAAAUCCUCAGAGGAAACAGUGGCCGGCUUAGAAAAACUCCACAUUGAAGCUUUGGCAGCUAAAGAAGCAGAGAUAAAUGCCAGACUCAACAAAUCUGUGGAGCAAUGCAGAGAGGAGUUUGCCCAGUUGGCUAAUGAGCGAGAGCAGCAGGUGUCUCUGGCUCUGGAGGAUGCAGAGUUACAAAAGACGGCUCUGAAGGCAGAAGCUGAUAACAAGAUUAAAGAGAUACAGCUGGAGCUAGAAACUGCAAGAACUAGAAUAUUGGAGCUGGAGAGCUCUGUGGAGAAGAUCUCACAAGAUGAGUCAAGUCUCUCCCAUGAACUUCCCAGUCAGCUUGAUGAGCUGAAGAAUCAACACAAAGAGCAAAUCUCUGCAUUAGAGAAAAAGCACCAGGAGCAGCUGGAAACGGACAAGGGCGUCCUAACUGAGCAGCAUAAUACUGCUGUUGAGGAACUCAAGGAAAAACACAGAACUGAAUUGGAGACCCUUCUGAAAGAUAAAGAGCUGCAGUUCCAAGCACACGUUGAAGACAUGAACCAGAAAACAUUAGAGAAACUGGAUGCAAACCAAGCACAGCUAGAGGCAGUUUCCUCUGAACUUUCUGAGGCUUUGAAGAGUAAAAAGCUUCUGGAGGAGAAGUUGGUGGCAGCUGAAGAAUCUCACAGUGUAGCCCAACAGGAACUUGAGAAGAGGUUUCAAGAUCAGGUGGUAAAGCACAACGAUGAACUUGCAAAUAUCAAACAGGUGCAUGAGCAGUCACUUGGAGGUAUAGAGAAAACUCUAAAGGAGGAACUUAACGCAUUGAAGAUUGUUCUGAGAGAAAAAGAAACGGAAAUUGAAGAACAUGUCCUUCGAGAAAAAACACUACAAGAGGAGUCACUUUCCACUUUACAGCAACUAAAUGUCAAGGUUAAGGAACUGGAGGAGUUGCAGCAGAGUUUGUCACAAUCCCAGCUGGAAAACAGAGGCUUAAAUGAGUCUAAUGCACAGUUAAAUAAGAUGUCAGAGGAUCUUGAUCAGUGUAAGAAGGACAUGGUUGAUUUGAAGCAUCAGUUGGAAGUAGCAAAGAAUGAUUGUCAACAAAAAGAGAAGUCACUUGAAGAUCUAGAGCAUCAGUUACAACAAACCAAAAAUGAGCUCUCAGAGCAGGAGAAGUCAUUUACUGCAGAACUGAACACUAAGCAGGAAGAACAUAUGCUCCUCAAAAAACUGCUAGAUGAAGAAAAGGCUGCCCAUGAGAAGAAGAUUAAAAACACUAUAAGUGAGAUGGAAUCCAAGCUGAAAGCACAAGAAACAAAAAUGGAAAAGUUCAAACAGAGGGCCAAAGAAAUGCAGGAGAAUUUUAAGAAAAAGCUUCAGCAGAAUGAAGAAAACAUGAAGAAGGAACUUGCAAAGAAGGAGACUGAGAUUCAGCAAAAAGAACAACAAGUUCAAGAAAAAAUUCUUGAGAUGGCCCAGAACAGUUCCCAAGGCCUCAGCAGUGCCGUUUCAGAGCUGCAAGCCAACCAUAAGGAAGAAGUGGAGAAGUUACGUGACAGCCAUAAGCAUGAGAUUGAGGAGCUGGAGCGCCAUUGGCAGGAGAAGUUAGGACAGCAAGAAGAGGAAAUAAUGGAGAAGCAGUCACACAUACUGCAGGAGAAGGCUCAGGAACAGGAGGAAAUAAGUCAGCAACUUAGCAGAAGCAAAGAGGAGAGCGAGCAAGUGUUGUGUGAAAUAAACAAUUUAAAGGAGGAACUGGCAAUUAGAGAAACCACUGUGCAAAAGCUGCAACAAGAGCUUAAUAAAACAGUGGAUAAGCUCGAAAGUUUGUCUCAGGGUGAAGUGUUGCUCAAAGAGCAAAUUGAGUCAGUGGAGAGGAACCUUAACCAGGCUCUGAAUGAGAGAAACACACUCCAAGACAAGCUGAACCUAACAGAGGAAGAGGGCAGACAGAAGUUGAAGACUUUGUCAGAUAAGUUGGAGGAAACAGAGAAGCAGCUUCAAGCACUGGAAGGUUCCAGAUGUAAAGAAAGUGAAGAUUUGCAGAGUAAAUUUGAGGACACUGCCAUUCAGCUACAAGCCAAGGAAGCAGAGUUCCAGCAGCGCCUAAUAAUGAUCAGCAACCAAAUGGAGCAUUACUGUAAAGAGGUUCGGUCUAAAGUGGAGUGUGGAUCUGAUGAACUCUGUCAAAGGAUUGAAUGUAGGGUGGACGAGCUGAAAGAUAGGCUGCUCUGUAGUCAGAAAAAGGUAGAACAUCUAAAAAACAUCAUCCUCACUAAAGCAGACAGAAUUAGCACUUUGGAGGAGAAUCUUCGCCAGCAGACGCAGGAGAAUACCAAUCUAUGCAUUUCCCUAGAACAGAUGAACGCUCAGGUAAAUGCUCAUAUGGAGCAUAUCAAAGCCUUAAAACAUGAGAGGGAGGAUCAUUCUCAGUCUAUCAGUGAAAACGUUCAGAAAAUUGAAGAGCUGAGAAACGCAAACAAAAUUGUAUCAGACAUUAUGAAAAUGAAUAAGUCACGCAUCAGUGAGUUGGAAAGCAUCAUCAGUGACUUGAAAAAUCAGGUAGCAAGUAGCAUAAAAGAGAAGGAGGAAGCCAUAAAUCAGAUGAACCAGCAGUAUGAAGAGGAGAGACAACAAGCUGCUGCUCAAAUGAAGGAGACCAUUGAUAAAGUAGAGGAGCAGAGGAAGGCUGCAUUAGAGCAGGCAGAGGCACUCAGGACUAAUUUAUCUGAGUACGAGACAAAGUUCACCCAUAAUGACAGCAGUAUUGCUUCCCUGCAGACCAGGCUUAAAGAGCUUGAGCAAGAAAUCUCUGAAAAGAAUGAAGCAGUACUAAGGCUGACGGCAAGUAUUGACAAUCAGUCCAUCAGCAAGUCUGAGAUGGACCAGGUGUUGAGUGAGAAAGAGGAGAAGGUCAGUGGACUUACCUCAAAGCUGGAAACUUGCAUCCGUCAACUCGAUGAGCUUCAGGAGCAGUUAGCCUUAAAGACAAAAGAGUGUGAAAAACUCACAGCUGACCUCAAAGAGCAACACAGCAUCAGGGAGAAUGAAAAGAGGGAGUUAGUCGAGCAGCUGCAGCAGAUCCAGGUGCAGUGCACUCAGAAUACUAACUCGGAGCAGGAGAUGGUAGAAAAACUGCAGUCCCUUGAGGAUGACAACCAGAAGUGUAAACGUGAGCUUGAAAGUCAAAGGGAGGAAUUUGAGAGGAUGAAAGAUGAGAUUCUCAAGAGCAAAGAGGAGAGUCUGAAAGCAACCGAAGAGAAGUUAUCUGCGGAGAGUUCUCGGAAAGUAUCAGAGCUGAAGAAGAAGGCCGAGCAGAAAAUCAGUCACAUUAAAAAACAGUUAACAUCUCAGCUUGAGGAAAAAGAGCAGAUGAUCAAUACACUUCAGACUAGCCUAGAGGAAAUCAAGAGCAAUGAAAUGUCUGGCAAACAGCACAUGGAAACGUUAGAAGAAAAAACAAAAUCACUCGAGGAAAGUUUUGUCAGGCUUAAGGAAGAGCAGGAGAAAGAACUUGAACUGGUUCUGAGUAAAGAAAGACUUGUGAAAGAAAAGUCUUUGGAGGAAUUAAAAAACAUGUACGAAGAGAAGCUGUCCUCACUACAAAGAGAGACAGUGCAACAAGGGGAGCUCAAAGAAGCUGAAUCAGCGCUACACGAAAUCAAGGAAAAGCUAAAAGAAACUGAAGAGCAGAAACAAAACCUUCUUGCUGAAAUAAAUCGCCUGAAAGAAGAAAUACGUGAGAAGGAUGCUGAACUCGAUCACCAUCGGUCAGUUAUUAAGCAGGUUCAAAAUCAAUCAGAACGUGAGGCUGAGGUGAAGGUGGAAUGUAGCAGCGUUCAGCAAACCAGAAGCGUGAUGGAAAACCACUCUCCGAUGGAAGAAGUGGAUGGUGAAUCUCUGGAGGAUCUCAAGAUGAAACUGAGUCGAGUGAAGAAUGAGAAAGAGAAAUUCCACAAAGACUUCAUUCGGCUACAGAAAGACAUCCGAUUACUGAGGAAGGAGCAUGAACAAGAUCUAGAAUACAUGAAGAAAGAGUUGUUGGAGGAGAAUGACAAAAAGCUGAAGCUGGAGUUGGAAGAUAUGGAAAUGAAGCACAAUUCUGCUAUCAAACACUUAAUGAGAGAGUUCAACACGCAAUUAUCCUUAAAAGAGAGAGAGCUUGACACAUCAGUGAUGGAAGCCAUUGCAAAGGCCCAGAGUGUUGAAGCAGAGCUCAUCAGUAGUCAUCGUGAAGAAGCCAGCCAGCUGAGGAAGGUGAUUGCCCAGAAGGAGGAGGAUUUGCACACGGCUGUUCAGAAAUACGAACAGAUUAUACGGAGUCGAGAGGAGGAGAUGGGGGAGAGAGUGUUGCAGGUUCAGAAGGAACUAGAGGAGUUACAAGCAAGGAACCGUGGCACUUCUGAGCUGAGUACAGAAGAACUGCAGGCUCAGCUUGCUGAGAAGACGACUUUGCUGAGCGAGGCUCGGCUGAAAGAGCAGGAGUUUGUAGAGAGAAUUCAUUCGCUUGAGGACAAGAUUAAAUGUUUCCGCCGAAAAACUGUUGUAACUCAUCUCGGGAGCCCAUUCCAAGAUCCUGGAUUCAACGGCACUGAUGCACUCUCAGAGCCCGCUGAGAUGGAGUACCUGAGGAAGGUGUUGUUUGAGUACAUGAUGGGACGGGAGACGAAAACGAUGGCCAAAGUUAUUACUUCCAUGCUCAAGUUUCCUCCAGACCAAGUGCAAAAGGUUUUGGACAAAGAAGACUCAAAGGCAGCUCCUUGGUUACGAUGAGCAUCUGAAUAAUUUGGGUGCUUUUGGGUGAAAAUCUGCUGCUACUGCUGCUGAAGGGGAAGACUCCCGUGUAUUUGAUCGGCCCAUCUCUCGGCAUUUCUUGUCAUUUUAUGUAUAUGAGUGUUUGUGUGAGGGCACACUGGGGCAUAAAUGAGUGGUGUGCAGUAUGUGUGAAAAUAGAAACACAAAUCUUCCAUAAAUCUGUGAAUUUUAAGUCAAAACUGAGUUUAAUUUAUACGUUUUAGGUUAAGAUAAAUGGCUUUUUAUUUAGAAGGUGUUUAUAGAGAUUGGCUUGUGCAAUAAAUGAUAUCGUUAUAAUGAUGCUGAUGAUCUGCCAAUUUAGGUUUCAGUGUUGAGUUGUCUAAAUCACUUCCUCUGUAAAACUGUAAAUGACCCUCGAACUGUGCAGUCGCACCACAUUAAGAUACUGGCCUCUGGACCUUGUAUGUUUAACAUAGCUUUUCUAAGCUUUAUAUUUUGUCACUGACAUAAAAACACAAAACUGUAAAUUGUAUUAAGAUAAUUAUCACUGUAUUAUAAGGCACAAUAUGACUUGCUAUACAUUUUCAGACUAAUGAAUUAAAUCUUAUUUACAGAAGA